GUAGUGUAAUCUAUGUGAUUAGAUUUUGCUUAUUGUGUUGUGUUUGAAUGGUACUCAAACUGGACGAUGAGCGGAAGCUAGGAUGCUAAUUCUCUAAACUAGCCUGAGCAAUGCGUUUCAGUCAUGUUAUAAUGUUGUUAUGCGAAACGUGAAUGUAUGGAGCUGCAAGGCGCUCUAGCGCUUUAUAUUAUAUUUAUUUUUAAACCAGUUGUUUUAUUGGUUGUUUUAAAUUGUAAAAUGUUUCACUGUCGAACAUUAGCAUAUUAAGUGACACGCUAACACACUCAACUAAUAUUGUUAGAGUCCUGUUAAACAAGAAUGCAAUACGUGCUAAUCAAUUUUGUGAUACCGAGAGACUCUAAACUCAGAUUAAAGGAAUAGUUCACUUCACCCAAAAAGGAAAAUUAUCUCAUCAUUAACCCUCAUCUCAGAUGUGAAUGACUUAUGCGGAAAACCAAGAUUGAGAAGAAAUCUCGGCUCUGUUGGUCCAUUCAAUGCAAGGGAAUGAUUACCAGAACUUUGAAGGUCCAAUAAGGACAUAAAGACGGCGUAGAAAUAAUCCAGUGGUUAAUCCAUAUCAUCAGAAGAUAUGAUGGGUGUCCUUUCUUACUAUAAAUCUCCACUUUCACAUUAUUUUGUUUUUGGCAAGUCACGUUCUUUGUGCAUAUCGCUACCUACUGUGCAAGAAGGAGAAUUUACAGUAAAAGGGACAUAAAUUUUAAUCUAUUUCUCACCCACAACUAUCAUAUUGCUUCUGAAGACAUGGAUUUAAUCACUGCAGCCAAUGUAUGUGCUUUUUGAGCUUCAAAGUUCAGGCCACCAUUCACUUGCAUUUAAUGGACAGAGAUGAGAGAUUCUCCUAAAAAUCUUUGUUUUCAGCAGAAAAUAUAAAGUCAUACACAUCUUGGAUGGCAUGUGGGCGAGGAAAUUACGAGAGAAUUUUCAUUUUUGUGGGAUCUGUUCCUUUACUAUUCAGAGAUUGUUUUAUUAGUUUUACUAAUACAGAAAGCAAUGGCCUCUGGAGAUAUUGCUCAGCUUACAGAGGCACUGUCCAAGACACAUGUUGGGGAUGCAGAAUUAAGUUAUAAGGGACAAGGGAUGAAGUUGGACAAUGCAGAUUCCGUCAAACAGAUGGUGCAGGAGAUCGAACAGUUUCAGUGUCUGCAGUCCCUCAGACUAGAAGGAAACACACUGGGGGUGGAAGCAGCACAGGUUAUUGCAAAGGCUCUUGAAGCUAAAAGUGAACUACAGCAAUGCCACUGGAGUGACAUGUUCACAGGCCGUCUUCGUGCUGAAAUUCCAUCUGCCCUGAAAUCACUAGGCAAUGCAUUGAUGGUAUCAGGGGCCAGACUGACUCAGUUGGACUUGAGUGACAAUGCCUUUGGCCCAGAUGGUGUAAAGGGAAUUGAAACCCUCCUCAAGAGCUCUGCAUGCUACACCUUACUCGAGCUCAGGCUUAAUAAUUGUGGCAUGGGCAUUGGAGGGGGUACGGUCCUGGCUUCUGCAUUGACUGAAUGCCAUAAGCAGUCUAGUGCAUCUGGCUCCCCCCUGAGGUUAAAAGUUUUCAUAGCUGGACGCAAUCGGCUGGAGAAUGAUGGUGCUACUGCGCUUGCCCAAGCAUUUAAGAUAUUAGGCAGUCUUGAGGAGGUCCAUAUGCCACAGAAUGGGAUCAAUCAUCCUGGUAUAACUGCUUUGGCCAGUGCCAUGCUGCACAACCCAAACCUCCAGGUCCUCAAUCUCAAUGACAACACCUUUACCAAGAGAGGAUCAUUAGCCAUGGCAGAGGUCAUUAAGCACCUCCAGUAUCUUAAGGUCGUCAAUUUCGGGGACUGUCUGGUACGGUCAGAAGGGGCUAUUGCUAUAGCAGGGGCCCUUAAAGAGGGGCUGCCACUUCUCAGGGAAUUGAAUUUGUCAUUUGGAGAGAUUUGCGAGGCUGCUGCUUUGGUAGUUGCAAAGGCUGUACUGGGCAAAGCUGGCCUGGAGAAACUGGAUCUCAACGGAAACUGCUUGGGAGAGGAAGGCUGUGAGGCUCUCAGGGAAGCAAUGGAGAGCAUGAACAUUGGGGAUAUGCUUUGCUCACUCAGUGAUGAUGAAGGAGAGCCUGAUGAUGAGGAUGGCGAUGAUGAGGAUGGCGAUGAUGAUGAGGAGGAGGAGGAUGAGGAGGAGGAUGAAGAUGGAGUAGAAAAGGAAAAUGGUGUUAAUGGAACACAAGAUGUUAUUGAAGGAAAGGAGGAGCCUCGCUGCAUUUCUGAGCUCAUGUCCUUCCUCAGCUCGCCAUCAGCUGAGAAACUGCUCUCCCUUGGAGCCAAGAGGAUCCAGCUCAUUGAGCAGCAGGCUGAAGUUUCAGAUGCUAAUAAAGUGUCAGAAGUUUUUCUUAAAAUCUCAUCAGUAUAUGAAGAUGAGCCAGAAGUAAAGCAAGCUGUUUUUGAGAGUACUGAUGUCCUGAUGAAGAAAGCUUUUUCCAAAUCCCACUCUCAGUCCUAUAGUUUCAUCUCCACUCUGAUGGUGAAUCUGGGACUUUUAAAGAGUGAGGAUAAGAAGAUAAAGAAGGUGUCUGUGCUGCCUGGACACUUGCUGGCUCUGGAGCACGCAGUUGCACAGGAGUUCUUUCCAGUGGAUCAGGCUGGUGUUCUGGAAGAAUUUGUGUCACGAAAUGGCAACAUCUUAGAAUCCUGUUCCACUGCCAGAGAUGCUCUCAAAUCCACGUUGGCGAAAAGAACCACUGCUUAAUUCUUAAACCACUGAAAUUCAUACGGGUCAAAGAAACUGGACAAUUACAAAACUUGACAGGCUACUUGAGACACUCUAAACUAUAAUCUAGUUUAUCUCGGAUCAGUUAAUUCUGGAUUUUAAACAAAGGAAACUGUUCACUCUACAUUGAUGACUAGUGUCUCAUAAUGAUUUCCUCACAAACAAACUGCUGAUUAGAGUAGCAUUGAAUAAGAGUGUUGUGUAAUUCCUUUAUCUCUUUUUAGAACAAAUUCUUCUAUUUUUAUACAUAAAAGGGAAAAGGGCACUGGAUGAUUUUAGGGCUUAAUUAUCACCUUGAUAUUAUAUUAAAUGUUCUAACUGUAUGACGUUUCUUUACAACUGGUUGAAGACUGUCAUGUUGAUGUGGAGCAGAGAACAUGCCUUUGACUAGAUGUGCCAAUGCCAUAUUGUGAAAUAGUUAUGGUGGUAAGGGCAUUCAAAACCAUACAUCAACGUAUAAAUACAAUUUUCUUUUUGACUAAAGUGAAAAGAACAGAUCACUGGUGAAAAAUAUGAUUGGACAUAUAGUGUAUUUAAUACCAUAGCAGGUAUGCACUGUAUAUUUGUUCUAUUUGCAACAUUC